UAGACAUAAACAUGAACACAGUAGAAUCUGGUUUUAUCAUGGAAACCAUCUGUUGUUUACAAUCAAAUUUAGUGGCAGAGUGAAAGAAAGUGAGGGUUUAUUUUUAAAAGACUUGUGGAACUGGACUCAUUUGAACUGGUUUCCAUGGAAAUCCUCAGUCCACCAGUCAAACCUCAGUGAGCUCUGACCUCUGUAGCGACACUCAGAAACCUGCACAUUGACAGCAUUUUACCCAGCAAACGAGCAGAUUUAAAGAUGAAGGAAGAAGAGGAGGAAAUUUCCAUUGAGGAGAAAAAUCAUCAACCGAGUUCCCUGCCAGCAGAAAAUCAAAUCAAUCCAGAUGGGCCUCAUGAUGAGGAUAGGGACGGUCCCAGUAAAAGACGGCCGGCUCAACGGAUCUCUACUGAGGACAAACAACACCGCUGUGAUUGUGGAAAAUGUUGGAGGUGGCCGUAUGAACUCAAGAAACAUCAGCGAGUCCACAGGGGAGAAAAGCCCUACACCUGUCCUAUUUGUAGGAUGAGCUUUACCCAGUCGGGAAGUCUGAAAUGUCAUCAGCGCAUCCACACGGGAGAAAAGCUGUAUGCCUGUGACCGCUGUGAAAAGUGUUUUGCCAGGCUGGGAAAUCUGAAACAACAUCAGCGCGUCCACACUGGAGAAAAGCCCUACACCUGUCCUAUUUGUAGGAUGAGCUUUACCUGGUCGGGAAGUCUGAAAUAUCAUCAGCGCAUCCACACCGGACAAAAGCCCUACACCUGUCCUAUUUGUAGGAUGAGCUUUACCCAGUCGGGAAAUCUGAAAUGUCAUCAGCGCAUCCACACCGGAGAAAAGCCGUAUGCCUGUGACCGCUGUGGAAAGUGUUUUACCAGGCUGGGAACUUUGAAACAUCAUCAAAGCAUCCACAGUGAAGAAACUCUUCUCCCACCUCCAUGAUAAUCUAUAAUAACAAUCUUUGCAUGCAGUUUGUCGAGUGUUGUGUUAUUUUUUUGCAGCAAACAGACUCAUGUCUGCAUGUGACAAGUUCAGAAAGGGUCUCACUUUUACUGAGUGAAGCUGCACU